AUGUACCACGUGGGCGCCAUAAAGGAGGCUCGAGUCAGGCGGACUGAGAUCGCCGUACUUCCCCGUUCUGCAGUAGGUCAUCCGACUAAAUUUAGGCUUAGUACGAGCCCUUUUGAGUGUAGAUUAGGCCGAGUCGACUGCAAUUCUCUCCCGGAACCACCAUACGACAAGGCGUCGGAAGCGGCGGGGCCUAAAAAUUGGACAUUGCGAUACGGGUCGACCGGCUUACCCAGCACUAGUCGGUUGAAUGUUUGA